AUGUGGGAGAUGCUCCGGACUGGAGGCGUAACCGUUUCAAGCACCGACGAUAAUAUCGAAACCUUUGCCACUGUUGCUCACUGCCAUGCACCAGAAGUAUUCGAUGUCGAAGGUUAUGUGUACUGCGAUCCAUGCCGCGUCCAAUUCGAGACCAAACUCAGCCACAAAAUUGCCGGUGCGACUUUGAAGUUGGAAUGCAGUGAUCCAAUAACUCGGAAUGUGACGUACUCAAUCGAAGGUGUAACAGAUAGCAAUGGACACUACAAGCUGAAGGUAAAAGGAGAUUACGGGGACAACAUCUGUGAGGUGACUCUAAACAAGAGUCCCGAAGCUGAGUGCAAUGUGCCAAUGGUUGGCCAACAAACAUCAAGGAUUGUAUGUACUGAAAAUAGUGGAAUGCACGACUCUGUACGUUAUGCAAAUGCAUUAGGGUUCAUGACCAAAGACUCAAUCUCGGGCUGCAAAGAGGUUCUUGAUGAAUUGGGUCUCGCCCCAAAGGAUUUGGAUCUUUGA